UCGAAUUCUCAAGACUCCUUCACCACGUGAUAUCAAUUUUUCCUGUGCUCGACUUCCAUUUUCAUCUGGCGGUGUUCCUCUUUCAAGCGGGAAGUGAAGUGUUUGCAAGAUGGCCGAGGCCCCAAGUCGGCCAAAUAGUACAAUCUAUGUGGGCGGACUCGACACAAGUCUCGUAACGGCUGCCACGCUGUCCGAGGCUUUCAUUCCAUUUGGCGAAAUAGUCGACAUUACGCUGCCCAAGCCGGAGGCGCCUUCUUCCACCGAUCUACACCGUGGCUUCGGAUACGUCGAGUUCGAAGACGCAGCUGAUGCCAAAGAAGCCAUCGACAACAUGGAUCAAAGCGAACUCUACGGAAGGGUAAUCAAGGUAGCAAUGGCAAAGCCUGAUAGAAAGGAAACCGGAGAAGUUGGGCUAGGAAGCACAACCGCUAUUUGGGAGCAGGAAGGCUAUCUGGCCAAAUAUGCAGCAGCGGCCAACGAGGACAGGGAAGCCGUGGAGCAUUCAAGGAACGAGAAGCCAGAAGAUCCGAUGCAGGGACUUGAAGGCCUUGAUGUUGCUGGACCGAGAACGGAGUGAGAUCAGGGUCAUGUUGGUCAAGCCCUUCAGAAACGAAUAUCCAACCGUCCGAAACGCAAUGUCUUUUGCGCCAGUCGGAUGGUUACGUCACCACCUGUCUCCCGGCUACAUUCCAGCCGUUAUGAGGGACUCGGCGUCUCCAGAAGGUCACCAGGAAAGCCGUCAUAUCAUCAAGGCAGUCCUAUAGACCGCUGGAAGUCAGGAGAAGAGGGCGUCCCAACCGCUUCGCUGGGGACUUCUGGGGUGACUGGCGGCUUUGGAAUGGCGAACGAAGAAAGCUUCGAACUGAAAACAAGCAUGAGAGGAAACACCAGGGACCGGAUUGAGCAAAUACAUGUCUCAAGGAGAUCACCGUUGGCAUUCUGAUUCGAUAUAUACACUUCCAUACGGUAUGGACCUCGUCAUAUUCGGCAAUGUUGAUGCUCUUGUCUCUCUCUUCACUUAGUACAGGACUCGUCGUUCUCGCUUUUGGCUUGUCUUCCUCAAUGUUGUUUGGGAGAAGACUUGUGCAACCGCAGGGUUUUGUCUGUCAUGAGCUUUCUGGUCAUGGCGAAGACAGCAGCGAAGACAGCGAAGCUGGAAAAAGUGAGCAGCUGUACCAGGCUGAAAGGGUCGCGAUUUCGGGACAUACAGGAUGACAACACCAAGAGGGAU